UUAUUUCUUUUCAUGUUCCAGGGUUGCGCUAGUGAAACCUCGGAUUCGUAAAUCCUUAUUUUUUUUUCGUCGAGACUGGUGAAGAUGAAUGAGUGAUGGUGUUGUCGGAAUGAAGCAUAAAACGCAAGCGUAUCAUGAGACGCGGAAGCGUUUGCAGAUGCUGCACAAACAACGGCAAACGUCGACUCACUUGAACGGCGAUCACAAUUCUUCCCAGCUCGCCAAUGGUUACGACAAUUUGGACGAGCUCGUCGAGUUUAUCGAGAGCGGGGAACACGAUGGAGAAACAUCUUCCGAUCCCAAGAAAGCCGCUAAGAAAGCCAGACAAAAGCAACGAAAGCCGCAAGUCAUGUGGAUGUACGGCUACCCGGGCCACGCUGCUCCGCAUCCCCAGCCCUACUUUAACAUCCCGAGCUAUGGUCCAGUACAACGACCCCCGGCGUACCCGCCGCAAUUUGGCAACCCAGUCCCACAAGUGCCGGACUGGGAGACGCAGGCCAGGGUUGAACCCAGACGAAGAUCGCCUUCGCCGCCGGUCUCGUCGUCGGCUGUGUCCAAGUCGGGAUCCGUUGCCGGGAUGAUGGAGGGGUACAUCAAGAAGCAGAACCAGGUCGGGCCAGCUGCGAAUGGGUCGAAGAUGGUCACGAUCCGGCGCGUGAUGGAGCCGCACAGUCAGGACCCAACUGUGACGAUCUCCAUGAAGGGCGACACUCCGGACAAGGACCAGUUGAUGUUCACUCUCGUCAAUGGUCAAGUGAUACCGAGUUCCGAGGUGCUGAAGAGCGGUGUGAGGAAGUCAGACCCCGUGGCCAACUCAACCCCGAGUGAACCCGAAGCGAAGAAGAAGAAGCGGCGGAAAAAGAAGCCCAAGAAGAAACCCAUUUCUGGAGAGACCGAAGCUGAUACAGAGAUGGAAGUAGAACUUUCUCUCAUGUCCCGUUCCCCUACACCGGACCAAGAAGAACUUGUCGCGACAGAAGACAAAAUGAAACAGCAGCAGCAACAACAAGAAUAUGAAGACAAUGAAAGAGAGAUACAAAUGAUUGACGCGGAAAAGCCGGCAGAAAUCGAAGGACCACCAGUAACCCCGAAGCCCGAAUACUUGAAAGAAGAUGAUGAAGACGAUGAUCGAUACGAGGAUGCGAAAGAGACUCUGGAUUCCUGUGCCUCUUCUCCACUGUGUGCAGAAAGGACGUGCAAUCGUGUUUCGUGCCAAGAAAACUCUGAAUCCGGGUCUGAGCUGGAAAAGAUUGAAACGAAAAUAGAUUCCCUGCAGAAGCUUCUUUCGUCUGCGAGUUUGACUGAAGAAACUCAACGGGAUCCGGCGUCCCUGGCCCUGCAGAUCGAAGAGGCCCAUAAAGCCCUGGGCGCCAUGGCGGAGAAGCUCCGGAAGUUCAAGCAAAACUCGAUUCCUGUCUCGAAUUCUCCGUGUCCUUCUUGCACCAAGACGGAUUCUAGUGAAGACGAAGAACCUGAGGACACUAAUGGGGAAGAAUUGCUGCGGAAACUCAAGCUUCCGCCGGAUAUAACGAUCACAAGAAUUAAAAAUGCUGAUGGCAAGAAGUCGUACACGUUCAGGAGCAACCAUGCGAGUGUGAUUCCGGCAGAGAAUUCUGUCACUAUUAAACCUCAAGAAAAAUUUGGUCGACCGUUUCAAGAGUCGCCGCCGCCUCCGCCAGGGUCGCAACCGGUGCUUGGACCUGGGCUUUCAGGUCCGCCGUGGAACAAAAAUGUGAUUGUGGUGAAUUCUCACAAGGAGUCUGCUCACAGUGGGUUGCCAAGCCAUGAAGGGGUGGCGCCUGCUUUUGGUUCCCGGGCACCACCUGCCACCACUUAUAUUAGUGCUCCGAGGUCUGCUCCUGGUCCCAUGAUGCCUAGUUUCCCUGCUGCUCAAAGAAAAGAGGCCAACAACCAGCAAAUGGCGUCCGGACCAUCGGAGGCCAGCUCACAGUCAUGGGGACCACCACCGCCGGCGCCUCCUGGGGGAAAGCACGUGGCUGCCUGGGUCUACCUGCCGCACGCGGACAAGGAUGGCAAAGUGGCGUCGCCGGGGGCUGUGACGGCGUACCCGUGUUUUUACCCGCAAGUGGACCCGAAUUCUCAGGGAGUCACUUACACCAUGGGCGCUGUGCCGGGGUAUGGGGGCGGAGUAGACGAGAAAACAGUACCUAUAUUUCCUGUGGCUAGUCAACCUGAACCCCCCAGCAAACAAUCCUCUGUGGAGAAACCCAAGGAUCUACCAGCCAAACAGCAACAACAACCUCAGCAACAAGUGGCACAGCAGCAGCAGCCGCAAAAAAAGAAGGGCAAGAAUAACAAGAAAAAUCCUCAGCCUGAUCCAGGGAAGAAGAAAGACUGUUUGGAGCACUUUCGAAAACAAGAUCAUGACGGGCCACGGGUGCCAACGCCGAUGUCUGAUGCUUUACAAAUGACGUCAACGACGUCUGGGAACCCCGAACCCGGAGCGACAUCUGCUGGGAAGCGGAAAAAGAAGAAGACGACAGGAAAGAAAGGGACUGAUAUAGUUUCGUGUGACAGCGUGUUCGUGCCGAAAAACGUCGACUUGGAGGACGAAACUCUGGACGAGACGGAGAAGGAACUAGAAGCAUUUAAAAGGUUUUGCUACGCGUCAGUGCCUUUGGACCGGAAAGAAAAGGUGAAUCUGAACAUCAAGGACAUUAUAAUGAAAAAGCGUUCGGGAGAGAAUGGGGCCUCUUCCAGCUGCAGCAGCAAGAAAUGACACCAUCUUUUCUCGAGUUCCAUUGUAUGCGUGCGUGUGUG